AUGGAGGUCGCAGAUGAACCAGAAAUUCAAUAUGUCGGAGAUCCUCUUCUCCUAACCGGUGGCUUUCUGGAUGCCGAAAUCCCUCUUUCAUCGGCUCACAACCUCCUGGGUAACUCGCAGCUUGAUUUCCUCUCAUUUGACUUUUCGAAUCUUGAGAGCAGAGAAUUGUCGCUAAAGUGGCAAAUGGAUACGUCCUCAUCCACAGACAAUCUGUCCGACGAUUGCGCCCCGAGCCUGACUACCGAAGAUAACAGCAUCUCAUCGGUCCCUGAGACCAGUUGCUCCCAAGAGGAUCGGAUUUGCCAGAACCCACAUGGAUGUUGCAUCAGCCUCGCCACACGGGUCCUCAGCUCCAUGCAUGCCGGCUCGAGCUCCUGCGUCCUAAGCAUGAGUGGCCAGGGUGGUGGUCGCCAACCUCAACUAUCGCGUGCAGCGGACGACAUCUUGUCCAUGAACCAGUCGGCUUUGGGGGCGGUCCGCUCCAUACUCAAAUGUUCGUGUUACGGAAGCCCGCAGCUGCUGCUCAUCGUCACCGUCAUUUGUUCUGAAAUUACUGCUUGGUAUUGGCAUAUUGUUGAUAUAUACAGCCAUCGCCGCAACUCGAUUGCGGACAGCGCCAUCCCACCCAGCAGUGCGGGCCAAGUCGAGACUCGAAGACGGGAUUUCUUCAUUGGCAAUCACCGUUUGGGCAAGGAUGUAGAGGCAGUCCUCAUUCGUCAAGUCCUUUCGGGGAUGCUUCGGGAACUACAAGUCGUCGUUGGAGACAUGGCUUGCCACGCAGGACAAUCACAGGCAUUCAACGAGCCACGCAGCGACUUCAUGCAGAGUGACGUGCGAGCCAGAAUGGUUGCCUUUCUUCACACGCAGUUACGCGCGCUCACCUCCGCGCUGAACAACUCAGACAACGACUUGGGGGCAGUGGUACGGCCUAUUUCGCACAAUUGA